AUGGCCAUUGUGUCCAAAGCCGUUCCGAUUCCCGAACUGGUGUCCGUCAAACGUGCGCUUCUAUCUGUAUUCGACAAGACCGGAUUGGUGGAUUUCGCCAGGGCUCUGUCUGACCGCGGUGUCGAACUGGUCUCAACGGGCGGGUCAUACAAGACCCUGAAGGACGCAGGGCGUGAGGUUCUGGACAUUUCUGAAGUCACCGGGUUUCCGGAGAUCAUGGAUGGCAGGGUCAAGACGCUGCAUCCGAUGGUACAUGGUGGUCUUCUCUCGAUCCGCGACGAUCAGGAUCAUCAGGCUGCCAUGCGGGAACACGAUAUUGCCGGCAUCGACCUUUUCUGCGGAAACCUCUAUCCGUUUGAGGACGUUGUGGCGUCGAAUGCCGAUUAUGCGACGGGGAUAGAAAACAUCGAUAUCGGCGGACCGGCCAUGACCCGCGCCGCUGCAAAGAACCACGCCUACGUCACGGUCGUGACCGAUCCUGCCGAUUAUGAUGCCGUGAUCGCGGAACUCGAUGCCAACGAGGGCAAGUCGCCGAUCGCCCUUCGCAAAAAGCUUGCGCUGAAGGCAUUUGCACGCACGGCCGCCUAUGAUGCCGCGGUUUCAAACUGGAUGGCAGAGCAGCUUGAUGAGGCGACCCCGGCACACAGGGCCGUCGGGGGCGCGCUGGCGGAAGUCAUGCGCUACGGCGAGAACCCGCAUCAGACGGCCGGCUUCUACAAAACAGGUGAGAAGCGUUCCGGCGUCGCGACCGCAAGUCAGUUGCAGGGCAAGACGCUGUCCUACAACAAUAUCAACGACACCGACGCGGCCUUUGAACUUGUCAGCGAAUUUGAUCCGGAUCGCACCAGCGCGGUAGCGAUUAUCAAGCAUGCCAAUCCUUGCGGUGUCGCCGAAGGUGCAAGCCUGAAGCAAGCGUAUGAAAACGCCCUGCGCUGCGACCCGGUAUCCGCUUUUGGCGGUAUUGUCGCCCUCAACCAGGUUCUCGACGCCGAGGCAGCGGAGGAGAUUGUCAAGGUUUUCACCGAAGUGAUCAUUGCCCCGGAUGCGGACGACGCGGCACGGGAGAUCAUCGCGUCGAAGAAAAACCUGCGACUUCUGGUCACCGGUGGACUGGCGAACGCGCGCGCCAGCGGCCUUUUUGUCAAGUCGGUGGCCGGCGGGCUGCUUGUCCAGUCCCGUGACAAUGGGGUCAUUGACGAUCUCGACCUUAAAAUCGUGACCAGGCGCGCUCCGAGUGAGCAGGAGCUUGCCGAUCUCAAAUUUGCCUUCCGUGUGGCCAAACACGUGAAAUCCAACGCGAUCGUUUAUGCCAGGGAUGGCGCGACGGUGGGCGUUGGUGCCGGCCAGAUGAGCCGCGUGGACUCAGCCCGGAUCGCUGCAAGAAAGGCUUUGGACGCAACGGAAGCUGCGGGCCUGAGCGAACCCCUGACCAAGGGAUGCGUUGUGGCGUCCGAUGCCUUUUUCCCCUUUGCAGACGGAUUGCUGUCGGCCGCCGAGGCCGGGGCCACAGCGGUCAUUCAGCCAGGCGGUUCCAUGCGCGACGACGACGUGAUCGCUGCUGCGGAUGAGGCUGGACUUGCGAUGGUGAUGACGGGUAUGCGCCACUUUCGUCACUAA